UUCUCUCAACAUUUUCACACAUAACACACUCAUAGUCACAUUUCAGUUCUCUGCUGAAACCUGAGUGUGUAACAGAAAAAACACACCACAAAAAAAAAAAUGAUGAAAUCAGGGUUGGGAAAUGAAGAGAAAAAACAGUUGAAAAAGCCAGCACAAGCAAGUUCAAGAAAAGGCUGCAUGCGAGGCAAAGGUGGACCUGAAAACGCCAGCUGCACUUACAAAGGUGUUAGGCAGAGAACCUGGGGCAAAUGGGUGGCUGAAAUCCGCGAACCUAACCGCGGCGCUCGUCUUUGGCUCGGUACUUUCGAAACUUCUCAUGAUGCUGCUUUAGCUUAUGAUGCUGCUGCUCGUAAGCUUUACGGUUCUGAAGCAAAACUCAAUCUUCCUGAACUUUCUCCUCGUUCUGUUGCAUCCACUGGGACAAUAUCACAAACACCUCCCAUGCAACAUCAACCAAUUCAAUACCAACAAAUCCAAGUUGAACCCAACAACCUCAACAACAACAACAGCUUCAAUAUGUCAAAUGUCAAUCCAUGCAACAACAUCAACAUGACCAACAUGAACAACAUGACCAACAUGAGCAACAUGGACAACAUGAUGAUCAACAACAAUAACCUCAACAACACUGUCCACAGCACUGUUUAUGUUGGUGAUAUUGGACCAAUAUAUAACAGUGACAAUUCUGUUGUGUCAUUUCCAAUGGAUGUUCCAAACACAAUGGAACAACAAGUUGUUGAUCCAAGCUACAACAUAAUUGAUAAUUCAAAGGGUAUUAUGGAAGGUAAUGAUUCAUUUUUUGGAACAAUGAAUUAUGAAAGCACCAUGCCAGUGAUUGAUGAUGAUUCAAUCUGGAGAGAAGCUGCUAUGUCUCUGGAUGCUGCAAUUUCAAUGGAUUAUCCAAUGAUUACUGAUCCUGAUGGAAUAUAUAACUCUGCUGGAAAUUUCAAUGGUUGGGAUUCUCUACAAACUCCAUGGUGCAUGUAAACCAGAUGAAGACAACAACAAUUAUCAUCAUGCAAUAAUAAUAUUAUUAGUGUGUGUAUGUAUAUGUAUAUGUAUGCUAUACUAUAUAUAUUUAUAUAUAGUAUAGUAUGUAUAUAUUAUGGUAUUAUUAUAAGGAGUGGAAGAUGUUUAAUAUAUGUUAUGAUAAUAAGAAUAAGUUGACUCAAAGAUCAUGACAUGGUGAUUUUGUUAGCACUUUUGUCAUGAAUCUUUGUAGGGUCAAAUGUUGUGUAUAGAUAUUUUAUAUAAUGUUAAUAGAAUGUAAUGUAUGGUUAUGAAUGAAUGUGAGUUUGAUUGUAUUAUAUUA